AUGUUUCUUGAUGGUGGAAUGGGUACUAUCAUUCAGUCGCUAAAACUCUCCGAAGAAGAUUUUCGAGGAGAGAGAUUUAAAGACCAUUCACAUGAUUUAAAAGGGAAUAAUGACAUUUUGGUUUUAACACAACCCGAACAUAUUAAGAAUAUACAUAUUGCAUAUUUAGAGGCUGGGGCUGAUUUCGUUGAAUCGAAUACUUUUUGUAGUACAUUUAUUAGUCAAGCGGAUUAUGCUUGUGAGAAAUAUGCUUAUGAAUUAAAUAAAGAAGCUGCUAGACUAGCAAAGGAAGCAUGUAUUGAAGUUACAGCUCGAGAUCCAAGCAAACCGAGAUUUGUCUGUGGUGCGCUCGGACCAACCAAUCGUACAUGUUCCAUUUCACCAUCUGUAGAAAAUCCUGCUUAUCGUAAUGUCACUUUCGAUGAGUUGGUUGAAGCAUAUUCGGAACAAGCUAGGGGUUUAUUAGACGGUGGAGCCGACAUUUUAUUAGUAGAAACUAUUUUUGAUACUUUGAAUGCAAAGGCGGCACUAUAUGCAAUUGACUUGUUAUUUGAAGAAGGAAGCUAUAAAAGGACUCCAAUUUUUGUAUCUGGUACAAUUGUUGACCAAUCUGGACGCACCCUUAGUGGUCAAACCGGAGAAGCUUUUGUCAGUAGUAUCAAUCAUUCAAAUCCUCUUGCAAUUGGAUUAAAUUGUGCUUUGGGUGCUGAGCAAAUGAAACCGUUUGUUCAAAAUAUCGCAAAAUUUACAAGUUCAUUUGUAAUUUGUUAUCCAAAUGCUGGUCUGCCUAAUACGUUUGGAGAUUAUGACGAGACACCUGAGAUGAUGUCAAAAGCAGUUGCAGAAUUUGCAAAAGAGGGUUUAAUUAAUAUUUUGGGUGGAUGUUGUGGUACAACACCAGAUCAUAUAAAAGCUAUUGUUAAGGCUUGUUCGCAAUAUAAACCUAGAGUUCCGCCACCGAAUUUACAGUUAGAGAGUAUGAUUAUUUCUGGGUUAGAAGUGUUAAAAGUUAGCAAAGAAACAAACUUUGUAAAUAUAGGAGAACGCUGUAAUGUUGCUGGGUCAAGAAAGUUUGCUCGUCAUAUUUUGAAAGGAGAAUAUGAAGAAGCAAUAACAAUAGCAAGAUCACAAGUUGAAAAUGGAGCACAAAUCAUUGAUGUUAAUAUGGAUGAGGGCAUGUUAGAUGGAAAAGCCGCUAUGACUAAAUUUUUGAAUUUAAUCGCUAGUGAUCCAGAUAUUUCUAGAGUCCCAAUAAUGGUUGAUUCUUCAAAUUUUGAAGUGGUCUUAGCAGGAUUGAAAUGUGCACAAGGAAAAUGUAUUGUAAAUAGUAUAAGUUUAAAAGAAGGACCUGAGGAUUUCAUUAAAAAGGCCAAGAUUAUUAGAAGAUUUGGUGCUGCUGUAGUCGUUAUGGCUUUUGAUGAAACAGGUCAAGCUGAUGUCAAAGAACGUAAAGUUGAAAUAUGUAAAAGAUCAUAUGAAACCUUAACAGAAAUAGUUGGAUUUAAUCCUAAUGAUAUUAUUUUUGAUCCAAAUAUUUUAACUAUUUGUACUGGUAUGGAAGAGCAUAAUAAUUUCGGCGUGGAAUUUAUUGAAGCAACAAGAGAAAUUAAACGAACUUUACCAGGUGCAAAGGUUAGUGGUGGUAUAUCUAAUUUAUCGUUUUCAUUUCGUGGAAUGGAUAAAGUUAGAGAAGCCAUGCACAGUGUAUUCUUAUAUCAUGCGAUUCAGGCAGGCCUUGAUAUGGGAAUUGUAAAUGCUGGUUUCUUAACCAUUUAUGAUGAUAUUCCAAAAGAUUUGCUUGAACUUUGUGAAAAUGCAUUAUGGAAUCGUGACUCUGAUGUUACAGAAAAAAUGUUAAAUUAUGCACAAAAGCAUGGCAAAGAGACUAAAAAAGAAGCAAAUGAGGAAGAAUGGAGAAAGGAAAAUGUAAAAUCCAGAAUUUCUUAUGCUUUAGUUAAGGGAAUUACAAAAUAUAUUAUUGAAGACACUGAAGAAGCUAGGCAAAGUUAUUCAAGACCUUUAGAAGUUAUAGAAGGUCCCUUAAUGAAUGGUAUGAGUGUUGUUGGUGAUUUAUUUGGAAAAGGUGAGUAUGUUAUGAAAAAAGCAGUAGCGCAUUUAAUUCCUUAUAUGGAAGAAGAACGUUUAGCAAAUCUUGCAAAACUUGGUGGUGAAGAUUCAGGUCCUACACACGCAGGAGUGGUUGUUAUAGCUACUGUAAAAGGAGACGUUCAUGAUAUCGGUAAAAAUAUUGUUGGUGUUGUACUUGGUUGUAAUAAUUACAAAGUUAUUGAUUUAGGUGUAAUGACACCUUGUGAAAAAAUUAUAUCAACAGCUUUAAAAGAAAAGGCUGAUAUUAUUGGUUUAUCAGGGUUGAUAACGCCUUCAUUAGAUGAAAUGAUAACAGUUGCGAAAGAAAUGGAAAAACAAAAUUUAGAUAUUCCAUUAUUAAUUGGAGGAGCUACAACUUCUAAAGCACAUACAGCAGUGAAAAUUUCUCCUCAAUAUAGCAAACCUACUAUUCAUGUUUUGGAUGCUUCAAAAAGUGUAGUUGUAGUAUCAAACUUAUUGGAUAAAAAACUAAAAGAAGAUUUUUGGGAAGAUAUAGCCGAAGAAUAUCAAGAAAUUAGAGAAGAUCAUUAUGCUUCUUUACAAAACCAAAAAUAUUUACCUUUACAAAUAGCAAGAGAAAAAGGGUUUAAAAUUGAUUGGACUAAACAACCUUUUCCUAUUAAACCAUCAUUUAUUGGCAAACGAGUAUUCACAAAUUAUGAUUUAAAAAGAAUUUCAGAAUUUAUUGAUUGGAAUCCUUUUUUUCAAGUUUGGCAAUUAAGAGGAAGAUAUCCUAAUCGUGGAUUUCCAAAAAUUUUUAAUGAUGAACAUGUUGGUUUGGAAGCUAAAAAAAUAUAUGAAGAAGCAUUAAUUUUUAUCAAAAAAAUUAUUGAUGAAAAAUUAUUUACUGCUAAGGGUAUUGUUGGAAUUUAUCCUGCUAAUAGUAUUGAUGAUGAUAUUCAGAUAUAUGAUGAGGAAUCACGAAGUAAAAUUGUAUCUACAUUUUUUGGACUUAGACAGCAAAUGGAAAAAGAAUCAGAUGAACCAUACUUUUGUCUUUCUGAUUUUAUAGCACCUAAAUCUUCUAAAAUACCAGAUUAUUUAGGUUUAUUUGCAGUUGGUAUAUUUGGUGCAGAUGAACUUGUAAAGAAAUUUGAACAUGAACAUGAUGAUUAUAAUGUAAUUAUGACAAAAGCAAUAGCAGAUCGUUUUGCUGAAGGCUUUGCUGAAUGUUUACAUGAAGAUAUUCGUAAAGAAUUAUGGGGAUAUUCAUCAAAUGAAAAUUUAACAUUAGAAGAUAUAUUAAAUGUUAAAUAUCAAGGUAUUAGACCGGCUCCAGCUUAUCCAUCUCAACCAGAUCAUCGUGAAAAAGUUACUAUGUGGAAUUUAAUGAAUAUAUACGAAGAAACUGGAAUUGAAUUAACUGAUAAUUUGGCUAUGUUACCUGCUGCUAGUGUCUCAGCAUUAGUAUUUGCAAAUCCUAAAUCACAAUAUUUUGCUGUUGGAAAGAUAGAAAAAGAUCAGGUUUUAAAUUAUACUAAGCGUAUUAAUAAAGAUCUUGAAGAUACAGAAAAAUGGUUGCGAUCUAAUCUUAAUUAUGGUAAGUUUAAUUAUUUAAUUUAUUUAUUAAAUCUUAUAAAUAACUAUUAUUAA